AUGGAAGAAGAUUUGGAAUCACUUAAACGAAAAAUUAAAGAAAAAGGUGAUACUGUCCGAGCUUUGAAAGCACAAAAGGCUGAUAAAUCUUUUGUGGAUGUAGAGGUUGCUGCUUUAUUGAAACUUAAAAACCAAUUGACUUGUAUCACUGGGGAAGACGGUAGUAGCAAGAGUAAAACUAAACUCACGCUAAAAACACCAAAGGGAACGCGUGACUAUAAUGAAAAAGAAAUGGCCAUUCGUGAAAAGGUCUUUUCGACUAUUAUUUCUGUAUUUAAAAGACAUGGUGGUGUCACUAUAGAUACUCCAGUAUUUGAAUUGAAAGAAAUUCUUGCUGGAAAAUAUGGAGAAGAAAGCAAACUCAUUUAUGAUCUUGAAGAUCAAGGUGGUGAGAAAUGUUCAUUAAGAUAUGAUCUGACUGUGCCAUUUGCGAGAUUUUUGGCUAUGAAUGGAACGCAAUAUCAAAAUAUCAAGCGGUAUCAAAUUGCUAAAGAUUUUGAUGUUGCCGGCUCUUACGAUCCUAUGGUACCUGAUUCCGAGGUUAUCAAAAUUAUGUGCGAAUGUUUGACCGAACUUGAAAUUGGAACAUUUAUCAUAAAGAUUAACCACCGUAAAAUUUUGGAUGGAAUCUUUGAAGUAUGUGGUGUACCAGAGGAAAAGAUCAGACCCAUAUCUUCAGCUGUUGAUAAAUUAGACAAGACACCUUGGGAAGAUGUCAGAAAGGAAAUGACAGAGGAGAAAGGUUUAGAUCCUAUCGUUGCUGAUCAUAUAGGAGAAUACGUUAAAUUUAAAGGUGGUAAAGAAUUAUUGGAAAGAUUGUUCCAAGAUCAAAAAUUACUCGCUAAUGCAAAUGCUAAAGCCGGUUUGAAUGAAAUGAUCCUCCUUUUCCAAUAUUUAGAAGUUUUUGGAGUUCUGGACAAGAUUUCAUUUGACCUUAGUCUUGCUAGAGGUUUAGAUUAUUAUACGGGAAUUAUUUACGAAGCCGUCACUGAACUUUCCGGUCCUCCAACGCUCGAGGAUGGCACCAAGGUUAAGAGAAAAACAAAGAAAGGCACAGACGAGUUUGAUGAAACAACUGUUGGUGUAGGAUCUAUUGCAGCGGGAGGUCGUUAUGAUAAUCUUGUUGGCAUGUUCGCGAAUAGUAAAAAAGGCAAUAUUCCUUGUGUUGGAGUUUCCAUUGGUGUAGAACGAGUGUUUUCUAUUUUAUUACAAAAAUAUCAACUUGAACAAGUUAAAUCAAAUGAGGUGGAGGUUUAUGUUAUAGCAGUGGCUGAUGGUUUAUUAGAAGAUCGUAUGAAAAUAUGUGCCGAGUUAUGGAAUGCUGGCAUAAAGGCUGAAUUUAUGUAUAAAAUAAAACCAAAAUUACAACCUCAAUUUUCGGUGUGUGACCGUGAUCAAAUUCCAUUCGCUGUAAUUAUCGGAAAAGAUGAAUUAAAUUGCGGUCAAGUUAAAAUUAAAGACAUGAGAUCUAAAGAACAAGGUGGAGGUGCGGGUACUUCUGUAAAAAGAAGUGAUAUGAUCGCGGAAUUAAAAAAUCGAUUAGGAAAAUUAUAG